AUGUUUGUGCUUCAUGAACCCCAGAAGCUGCAGAUUCUGUAUGAAUCCUUGGAAAAGAACAUCCCUGAAUCCCUUAAGGUAUAUGGCACCAUUUUCAACAUUAGAAAUAAAAACCCAUUCAAACUGGAGGUGCUGGUAGAUGCCUGGCCAGAUUAUCAGGUGGUUAUUACUCGGCCUCAGAAAGAGGAGAUGAAGGAUGACUUGGAUCACUACACCAACACUUACCACAUCUUCACUAAAGCUCCUGAAAAGUUGGAGGAAGUCCUGGCAUGCCCCCAAAUUAUCAAUUGGGAACAAACCUUCCAGAUCCAAGGUUGCCAGGAAAUCUUGGACCAAGCAGUAAGAAAGGUUGCAGCUUCAAAAUUUGUGCAGGUGGAUUACUUAAAGACCCAUCUUUUUAUGUUAGAAACACCAGUGAAAUGCAACACUUCAAGGGAUGGAGAGAUGGAAUUGAUGGAGGUGUUUAAAAUGCAAAAUGUGGAUGAAGAUAACAAGAAAAAAGACUUCCGUAGCAUUUUUUUGGAUGCCUCAUACGCAGGUCUUUUAAAUGAACAAUGGGAGUAUGGAAGAAAUGAAAGGAGCUUGAAAUACAUCGAACGUUGUCUCCAGAAUUUCCCAGCAGUUGGUAUUCUGGGUCCAGACGGGCAGCCCAUCUCUUGGUUAGUGAUGGAACACUCCUGUGAGUUGAGAAUGGCUUACACUGUCCCCAAGUACCGACGCCAAGGCAAAAUGUGGCAAACGGGUGAACACCUUAUAAAGUAUCUUUCUGAAAAGAAAAUUCCAUUUUAUGUACAUGUAGCAGAUUAUAAAGAGAAAGUCCAACAGUCAGUGAAAAAUUUUGGGUUUAAGGUUUGUCCUUGUGGCUGGCAUCAGUGGAAAUGCACUCCCAAGAAAUAUUGUUGACUGGUACUGCCGCCCAUUACAAACCUUCUUUUCUUAGUGGAAAAACAUUAAUACAAAUACAAACAUGGUGAUCUACAUUAGUACAAAAGCAUUCAAUGACCUGGGAUUUGUGUAUUCCUUAAACCCACCCUUCUGUACCAUUUUCGUCAUCCUCCUCCUCUUCUAUAUUCAUAUAGAAAAUUAGAAUCUCAACCCUUUCCUUUAUAACAGUCAUCUUAGAAUUAGAAUCAUCCAAUGCCAAUCAUUAGUGCCAAGAUACCACUUUAAACAUAAUAGUCUCUUACUUGAAGAAGACUUCUUUAGUGGAAAAAGUCCUGCCUUUUUAUGUUUUUGUGUUUAAAAAUAAAAAAGCCUGCUUUACAAAAUGUCUCCUCUCAUAUUCUUCCCUUCCCUCUACAAAGUUUUCCAAGGUAUUUAUCAGAAGCUCUCAGCAUCACUGCUUUUGAUUCAUUGUGCCCUUCCAGGAGGUCUGAAAUCCUAUACUAAAUUAAAUUAUGUGAUCAUCAGUAGAAGUUUGGUUUUCUGAUUAGCUUUUAUCACAAGGGGGUGCUGGGUUGAGUUGUGUGGCUGAACUUCCAGUUUUCAGUAUGAUUUUUAUAUCUAUGAUGUAUUAGUUUCCUAUUGCUGUUAUAACAAAUUACUACAAAUUUAGUGACUUAAAGCAAUGUAGUUUAUGGCAGUCAGAAGUGAAAAAUGGAUCUUAUGGGGCUAAAACCAAGGUGUCAGCAGGGCCACUCAUUCUAGAGAGUCUAAGGCUGAAUCAGUAUCUUUGUCUUUAAAAGCUCCUCGAGGCUGUCUUCACUCUUUGGCCAGUGGUUCUGCAAGACACCUUUUCUCCCUCUGUUUCUAUCAACAUCACAUCACCUUCUUCUGUUCUGUAAUCAAAUCUCCCCAUGCUUCCCUCUUACAAGGACACAAGAUUAUUCUUAGAGCCUCCUGGGGGAUAAUUCAGGAUAAUAUCCCCAUUUCAAGAUCCUUAGUCACAUUUAUAAAGUCCCUUUUGACAUAUAAUAUUCAAAGCUUUUAGGGAUUAGGACAUAUAUCUUUAGGGAGACAGUAUUCAGCCUAUCAUGUAUGAGUAUCACAUGUAUGUUUCUGCAUGAGCAAAGUUACCUUAUACUUUUGGAAUCUACAUGUUUUCAGUCCAGGACCAACCAGAACAUCUAUA